UCCUCACAGCUAUAAAUGGGGAAGAGCUUCUCCAUGAACUCUCACAUCCACAACGAAAUCAUCUCAGAGAUAAUCAUGAGUUCUUUCUGUUCAAGAUUUCCUUCAAUGUUUCCGUUUCUCUUUGUUUUUCUGUUGUCGUUCUCAUGGGCAACUUCAGCUCAUAAUCAUGAAGAUUUCCUUGAAUGUCUUCGUGUUCAAUCUGAAGACUCUGCGUCUAUUACAAAGCUCAUUUAUACCCCAAUCAAUUCCUCUUAUUUGUCUGUCUUGCAAUUCUCAAUCCAAAACCGGAGGUUCAACACAACUGCCACCCCAAAACCUCUUGUUAUUGUCACCCCUUCGAAUGUUUCCGACAUCCAAGCUGCCGUCUCUUGUUCUCGGAAACAUGGCAUGCACAUUAGAGUUCGAAGUGGUGGACAUGACUAUGAAGGUCUUUCCUACGUUUCUGUACUUCCAUUUGUCAUUGUUGAUCUCAUCAAUCUUCAAUCUGUCACUGUUGAUGCAACCAACAACACUGCAUGGGUUGAAGCUGGUGCAACGAUAGGCAAACUUUACUAUUCUAUUGCUCAGAAAAGUAGAACUCUUGGAUUUCCGGCAGGUGUUUGCCCUACUGUGGGUGUUGGAGGGCACAUUAGCGGUGGCGGGUAUGGCUUGUUGUUGCGUAAAUAUGGCCUUGCAGCAGAUCAAGUAAUUGAUGCCCAGUUGAUAGAUGUUAAUGGUAGAAUCCUCGACAGAGCAUCCAUGGGUGAAGAUCUUUUCUGGGCCAUUAGAGGUGGUGGAGGAAACACCUUUGGAAUCGUUGUUUCAUGGAAAAUAAACUUGGUUCCAGUUCCAGCUACCGUGACUGUAUUCACAGUGCAAAAAACCUUAGAACAGAAUGCAACCCAACUCGUCAAUCGGUGGCAGUAUGUAGCAGAUAAACUUCAUGAAGAUUUGUUCAUCCGUGUCAUCUUAGAAAGCGUUAAUUCCACCACUCAACAAGGAAAAACAACAAUAAGAGCAUCAUUUAAUUCUUUGUUUCUUGGUGGAGCUGACAGACUUCUUUCACUAAUGGAAGAAAGCUUCCCUGAACUGGGUUUAGCGAGAGAAGAUUGCAUUGAAAUGAGCUGGAUCGAAUCCAUCCUCUACAUUGCUGGAUUCUCAAGAAAUACACCAUUGGAGAUUUUGCUCAACAGGACUCAACCAUCAGUGAGAUUUUUCAAAGCAAAAUCUGACUAUGUGAAGGAACCGAUGCCUGAGGUUGCAUUGGAAGGCAUCUGGGAAAGGCUGUUCCAAUUAGAAGUGGGUUCAGGUCAGCUGAUCUUUAGCCCUUAUGGAGGAAGAAUGAGUGAAAUUUCAGAAUCCAGCAUUCCAUUUCCACACAGAGCUGGGAAUUUGUACAAAAUUCAGCACUUGGCAUACUGGGAUGAGGAAGGAAUCAAGGAAUCAAAGAGGCACAUAAGUUGGAUUAGAGGGCUUUACAGAUUCCUGGCUCCCUAUGUUUCGAAGAAUCCAAGAUUAGCAUACAUCAACUACAGGGAUCUUGACAUUGGGAUGAAUAACCUGGGAAACACAAGUUACAAGCAAGCAAGCAUUUGGGGCAUCAAGUAUUUCAAGAUUAACUUUGACAGGUUGGUCCAUGUCAAGACCAAAGUUGAUCCUGCUAAUUUCUUCAGAAACGAACAAAGCAUCCCACCUCUCUCAGCUUAAUUGCUCAUCAUAUAU